GUGCGAUUGUUAUCGCGUCAUUGGCGAUCGCUUAAUGAAAUGGUCGAGAAUUUUACGCGAUCAUUUGCAACUCUCCAACGCACUAACCACAUGAUGUGAUCUGCAGUCCCAAGAUUCAACAUCUCAGAUACGAACAAAAAGAUAUGUUACUACCGCUAAAAUCUUUUUCCCCAAGAUUGCAGUGCAACAGUUCUUAGCCAGCUUUGGCUUCGCUAGCAUCUUAGAAAUCCGCUCGGAAUAAUUUUUCGCGAAGUGAUAGUGCUAAGUGGAGUGACGAGAAGUGUGAAUUUUAACUCCUAAUUUUACACUUAGAAAAUAUGCUUUAAAUCUAACUCAAUUGAUGAUAGUAUCUAUUUAAUAAACGGAAAUCUCUGGAAAAAAUUAACAUAAAUUUUCUGAGUUCGGAAAAGAAUUAAAAGACUUCCCAGAUUCCUAUGCGAUCUCUAAUCAAUAAGCCAAUAAAAUCGAUCAAGUCUAUCUAAAAUUAGAUCUUAUUAAAUCCAGACUACAUUCUACUUAUUAUCUAAAGAGUAAACAAUCAAGUGAAAUAAAAGAAGAUGAAAAGGCUCGGUUUUUGGAUAAUUCUCUAUAUUGGACUCUUCACGCAAGAGUUGGUAUUAUGUUCAAUGCGAGAUAGUCCACGGCAUACAAUUAAUAACAUUCCGCCACAAACGAAAACAGAAUAUGGGCUCAAAACCAUUCAAACCGGAUCCGUUUAUAUUCCACCACAACAUAAAGGAGGACCUGUUCAUGUGGGCCCUGAUCAUAAUCUAACAAAAAUGUAUAUUUCUCGAGUAGACACAACAGUCCAUCAUCUUCCGCACCGCAUUUAUCGGGACCACGGUCAAUUCCGACGUCUAGGACAUCACCGCUCCAUUGAUUGUGUUCGAUGUCCUACGGAAAAAGUCCUUAUAGCCGAAAGAGGGCUCGACGGAGUUAUGAUCGAACCACCUCGGCUAAUAUCCUGCCGAAAUAGGCUUGUGUCAAACUCGGCUUACCAAUUGGAGACUCUUUUUGGCAAGGAUUUCAAUUUUCUGUUACCGCAUGGAGCACACUCCCUUCAUGGCAGGAUUCGAAAUAAACGGAGUGGUCGCCAUGAGAAAACCUGUCUACUGCGGUACAAAGUGGUCGUUCAACAAUGUGGACGGUAUUAUCCACAGAAUCCGAAUGUUCGAGUAAAAUGUGAUAUAGGAUCCAUAUGGGGUUCAAAGUGUUUCUUUGUAUGCAAGAAAGGACGUUUGAGUCAUAGGAGGCCAAUAGUGUGCAGUGACGAAUUGAAAUGGGAAGGUGACGAGCCAGAGUGUGUCAUUGAUGAUAGUCAACAGCAACGCAACACAUGCACUUUCCUUGCUAUUCCUGACAACGGACGGUUUUCAUGUCAGUAUAACCACGAUCCGGACGCCAUUGAUCUUCAAAAUCCUGAAUUCCGGAUUCCAGAUGGAAGCAUAUGUCGAAUCAAGUGUAAUCGAAACUACGAAAUUCCUACCCACUUGGAGCCUUUUAACGUAUUCAGAUGCGCUAACGGACAAUGGAAUACAACCAUAAACGAUCUUUGCCAGCUGAAGAUACGAAAUUAAAAAUAGAUGAAUUGUCAUUAAAGAUUGGAAAUUGUGUUAAAAGUAAAUAUUAAGUUUAGCUUGCAUAUUAGAGAUAAUGCAAAGCAAAAAUUUGAUAUGCCGCUAAAGUAUUUAUUGAAAUGUUUGUAUAUUAUUUGUUAGUCUCGCGACAUGCGUAAUCUAAGGCUUUGAGAAUACUCAUUGAUAUAUUAUCUAAAAAUGUGCGAAAAUAUAUCCUUUUAUGUGAUUAUAAUAAAGUCAGAUAUUUACUUUUAA